CGAAGCUAUUGAGAGGAAGUGUAUUUAAGGUCGCGUUUGCGUGUUCACUAAAAACUCAGAUAUUGCCUCAUUGAUUCCCUUUUUUACACACUGAGCCAGCCUUUUAUUAAUAUACUAAUCCAAACAAAGCACAAACGCCAUUUGUAUACCUCGACUUUCUCUCUCUCAGAUUCAAUCUAUCGCCAGAAAUUAACAAUGGCCCUCUCGUUAUUUUCACCAUCUUCGUCCUGAAGCACACUCGAGCUUGUCACUUUCCAGGCUAUUCGAACCGGAGCUAACAAGGGGAAAAUCAAAGAUCGGAGCUUGAAUUAUUGUGCAUAACCGCACCAGCUCGUGCGCCACGCAUUGGCGCGGAUAGAAUAGGUGGUGGUGAGUGCGUCGUGUGCAGGGGCGAAGGGUUUUUUUAAUGGCGGCGUCAUCGGCGGUGUGCUCAUGGCUAAUGGCCGCAUGCAUGUCCGUCGCCUGCGAGAACGAUUCCGGCGCCUCCAUGCUGUGCCCGAGGAGGGCGGCGUCGUUCGAUCCUUCGCGCCUUGGCAGGUGGGCCGCCCGCCGCCGGAGGAGGGUUGUCGCGAAAUGCGCUCCCCACCUGUGCGGCAUCCGGGACCUCGUGAAUUCCUGCCUCGCGUUCGAGCCCUGCGAUGACUUCUACAGGUCCUCGCUCGCCGCCGAUGGGUUCUUCGGGUUCGGAUCGAGGAAUGUUCCAGUGCACCGCAGGCGCGGGAAGCUCCUCCGACCGUUGGCCCAUUCAGGAGAAGCAAUGGCAGUAGCUGUUAAUCCAGCCAUGGAAGUUACAUCCAAGAAAAAGCCUCAAACAAAGCAAAGGAGAGUGGUUGUGACGGGUAUGGGUGUGGAGACACCACUUGGUCAUGAUCCAGAUGUCUUUUAUAAUAACCUGCUGGAAGGAAUCAGUGGGAUUAGUGAGAUUGAGGCUUUCGAUUGUUCGCAAUUUCCAACUAGAAUUGCUGGAGAGAUCAAAUCAUUCUCCACAGAUGGUUGGGUUGCUCCCAAACUUUCUAAGAGAAUGGACAAAUUCAUGCUUUACAUGUUGACAGCAGGCAAGAAGGCUUUGGCGGAUGCAGGAAUUACGGAGGAUGUGAUGGAAGAAUUGAAUAAAAAAAGAUGUGGCGUGCUAAUUGGCUCUGCUAUGGGUGGGAUGAAAGUUUUUAAUGAUGCAAUUGAAGCAUUACGGAUCUCAUAUAGGAAGAUGAAUCCAUUUUGUGUACCUUUUGCAACUACAAAUAUGGGUUCUGCAAUUCUCGCCAUGGAUCUGGGAUGGAUGGGACCAAACUACUCAAUAUCUACCGCAUGCGCAACGAGCAAUUUCUGUAUACUGAAUGCUGCUCACCACAUUAUUCGAGGUGAAGCAGACAUGAUGCUUUGUGGUGGCUCUGAUGCAGCAAUUAUUCCAAUUGUUCCUGUGCAGUAUUUCCACAUCAGAAACAUUGUUGCAGGAUUGGGAGGCUUUGUUGCUUGCAGAGCAUUGUCACAGAGAAACAGCGAUCCUACUAAAGCAUCACGUCCCUGGGAUAGUAAUCGUGAUGGAUUUGUUAUGGGAGAAGGGUCUGGAGUAUUGCUCUUGGAGGAACUUGAACAUGCUAAGAAUAGAGGUGCAACUAUUUAUGCUGAGUUUCUUGGUGGAAGCUUCACUUGUGAUGCUUAUCACAUGACAGAGCCUCAUCCACAAGGAACUGGCGUCAUUCUGUGUGUAGAAAAGGCUUUAGCUCAGGCAGGGGUAUCUAAGGAAGACGUGAACUAUAUAAAUGCACAUGCAACAUCUACUCCAGCUGGUGAUCUUAAGGAGUAUCAGGCUCUUCUUCAUUGUUUCGGGCAGAACCCAGAGAUAAGGGUGAACUCAACAAAAUCUAUGAUUGGGCACCUACUUGGCGCAGCUGGUGCUGUGGAGGCUGUUGCAACUGUCCAGGCUAUAAGGACUGGCUGGGUUCAUCCAAACGUCAAUCUUGAAAAUCCAGAUGAUGGUGUGGAUUCGUCUGUGCUGGUGGGACCAACGAAAGAAAAGCUGGACAUCAAGGUGGCAUUGUCUAAUUCAUUUGGUUUUGGUGGCCACAACUCGUCAAUUUUAUUUGCCCCGUUCAAGUAGAUUUUUACGGGGUUUCGAAUUGGAAGAAUGUGUUCAAAAACUGAGAAAAUUGAAAGGCGGUAACUGAAAAGGACAAUCAGUGUUCAAAAACUGAGAAAAUCAUUUUGUUAGUUAGUAUCUUGAGGAGAUCAAUGUAUAUUUGUACUGGAAACGCGCGAGCAACAUACUCUUUUUGUCAGUUGGCCGAGAAAAGAAAACGUUUUCGGGGUUAGUUCGACUUUUAGCUGCCCUUUCGCAUUAUUGGAAGUGUAUUCGUGUCGAAUGGGAUGAAACUGCUCGGGCCAAAUGUAGAGAGGUGCUCUUGAUUUGAAUAGCAAAUGGAUACUUUUUUACUCUUGUGAUAUGAUCUCUUUUUGUAAACAAUGGCACUUGCCUUUUGACCCGAAUUAGCUGGUUUUGAAAAUUACUAGUGAAAAUAAUAUGAUGAUUCUUAAUGUGAUGAAACAGAAAAGCCAUAUAAUUCUUGAUCGAUGGUCGUCCAUUCCUCCAUUCGAAACAAGUCUUUGACCGUUUUUGUUAGACGAUUUGAUCAUUA